AUGAAGGAGGUGAUCGAGGAUAUCGACGGAGGCAAGAAGUAUUAUUUACCGCAUCACGCUGUUCUGAAGCCGGACAGCACCACCACGAAACUCCGAGUAGUUUUCGACGCUUCCUGUCGUACAUCAACAGGAAUUUCAUUGAACGACGGCUUGAUGGUCGGUCCCGUUGUUCAGGAAGAUCUCCUCAGCAUCACGCUACGUUUUCGUACGCACCGAUUUGCAAUUGUUGCCGAUAUCGCCAAGAUGUAUCGAAUGGUUCGAGUACAGGUAGCGGAUCAAUCCCUACAGCGAAUCUUAUGGAGAGAUUCUAUAGAAGAGCCAAUCCGUAUGUUCGAGCUAACCACAGUCACGUACGGAACCGCGUCUGCACCGUAUCUGGCCACGAAAUGUCUGCGAAGUUUGGCGGAAGAAGGAGCAGAAAUGCAUCCAGAAGCUGCUAAGGUGCUGAAGCAAGAUUUCUACGUGGAUGAUAUGCUCUCAGGUGUAGACGACGUAGAGGAUGGAAAGAAGCUGAUACAGCAGCUGGUCGAGCUUCUGGAGUCAGCUAGGUUUUCACUACGUAAGUGGAAUUCUAACAACAGAGAGCUGCUACUAAAUGUCCCUGAACACUUAAGGGACGACAGUUCGAUUCUGGAGUUAGACUCGUCUAGCUCAACUAUCAAGACGCUAGGACUUGUCUGGGAACCCAGUACCGAUCGCUUUCGAUUCACUACCCCGGUCUGGAGCUCUGCUGCGGUAAUUUCCAAGCGCACAGUGCUGUCAGACGUCUCGCGAUUGUUUGACCCCCUAGGGCUCGUGGGGCCAGUCAUCAUCCAAGCGAAAAUCUUCAUCCAAGAAUUGUGGAAGCAGGAGUGUUCUUGGGAUGAACCGCUGACUGCAGAGUUGCAAGAGUAUUGGCACGAAUAUCGGAGAAACCUCGUCGGUUUGGAUAGCCUCUCGGUCCCCCGGUGGGUUGAAAGCAUUAGCAGCAGUGCAGAAGUGGAAAUUCACGGAUUCUGUGACGCAUCUGAGCUAGCGUAUGGAGCCUGCGUGUACAUUAGAACAGUUACAGAGGCUGGGUCCGUAGCUGUGCGGCUGUUGACGUCCAAGUCGCGGGUUGCUCCGCUUGAAAACCUAAAAAAGAAGAAGAAAAAGCAGUCUAUACCCCGCUUGGAAUUAUCGUCCGCGCUUUUGCUUGCUCAUUUGUACGAAAAGGUCGUACAGAGUCUCCGCAUUUCUGCAAAAUCGUUCUUUUGGACAGACUCGAUGAUCGUUAAGUGCUGGUUAUCAUCGUCGCCGUCAAGAUGGAAGCAGUUCGUCGCAAAUCGAGUUUCUGAGAUUCAGCACAUCACGAAGGACGGCACUUGGAAUCACGUCGCAGGUGUAGAAAAUCCAGCAGACAUAAUCUCCCGUGGGAUGACCCCAGCGCAGCUUCAGUACCAACAUGCUUGGUUUGACGGACCACACUGGCUGUUAUUGGAAGAAGCGUAUCGACCUGAGACCAAGGAGAUAAGGGAAGAAAACAUCGAGUCAGCAGAUUUGGAGGAAAAGACUACAACGUUGGUUCUCCAGUCAACCACUCCCAGUGAGAUUUUCAAACUACGAUCGUCACUGUCGGAGCUAGUUCGUAUUACGGCUUACAUUCGCCGUUUUCGGUUCAACGCUCAAGCAGUCAACCGCAACUGCAGAAGGCACAGUCCUAUCACGGCAUCAGAACUCGAUGAGGUAUUACAAAUGCUAGUGCGGCUAGCUCAACAAGAAAGCUUUCCGCAGGAGCUUGCCGAUUUGUCCAAGCAACCCCACGUGCGAGAUUCGUCGCGCAUUAUUUCACUAAAGCCUUGA